AUGGGCAAAAAAGACAAGAAGUCAGCCGAGCACAAAGCUCGCGUUGCGGCAAAGCAGUCUAAAAAGUCCGCCAAGACUGAGAAAAAGUCCAAAGCCAAGGGCAAGGAUGUGGACAGCGAUGCUGAGGACGCAGAUCUGGAUGCCAUCCUAGCUCAAUAUGCUGAGGAGCAGGCGAGGCACUUGAAGGUGACAGAAGUGGUCUCGGACCCUCCUGCACCACGGUCUUCCGCGACAGUACUUGCAUCGCCAUCCAACCGCAACGAAAUCCUGCUCUUUGGCGGCGAGUACUACGAUGGAACCCAUGCAACUUUCUUCAACAACCUUUUUGUUCACCUGAUCGAUCGCAACGAGUGGAGAGAAGUCACAAGCCCAAACAGCCCGCUCCCUCGGAGUGGCCAUGCCUGGUGCCGUGGAGGUAAUACAGGAGGCGUUUACUUGUUUGGAGGAGAGUUCUCGUCGCCUAAGCAGGGCACGUUCUACCAUUACAAUGAUUUCUGGCACCUCGACCCUGCUACAAGGGAGUGGACUCGCAUCGAGACCAAGGGCAAAGGGCCCCCUGCCAGAAGCGGCCAUCGUAUGACCUACUACAAGACAAAAUACCUACAGGAUCUGUGGAUUUACGAUUGCAACGAAUAUACCUGGCACAACCCAGUUCUCAACGCCGCAGCUCAGAAGCCGGACCCGCGAUCUUCGUUCUCCUUUUUGCCUCAUGAGUCUGGGGCUGUGAUUUAUGGUGGCUACUCGCGAGUCAAGACUACCAGUAGUGCGGGUGGCAAGCCAACCAAGGGCAGUCCCCAGAAAAUGGCAAUGCGGCCUAUGGUCCAUCAAGAUACAUGGUUCCUGAGACUGACGCCUCCUGGCUCUGAAGCGCCCUCGAAGAAGCCCGCUAAUACCCCCAAUCCACCGCGUGCGGGAACGACGAUGGCGUACCACAAGGGACGAGGAAUUAUGUUCGGCGGUGUCCACGAUGUUGAAUUGACCGAAGAAGGCAUUGACAGCGAGUUCUUUGAUGCGCUAUUCGCCUGGAACACGGACCGAAACCGUUUCUUUCCUCUGGGUUUGCGUCGUCCCCGAGCCCCGGGCAAGAAGCAGCAGGCGAAUCAGGCUAUCAAAUCUCGGGACAGAAGCAAGGCAGAUGAAGAAGAGCUAUUGAAUAAUCUGAGGGCAUUGGAGGCCAAGAAGGGAAUUCGAAAUGACGAUAGUGACGAUGAACUCAUGGAAUCGAAUACGCCCAAGACCAACGAACCUGAGGAGCCUGCUAAACCGGCUGUGGUUCGUUUUGAAAUGCCACACCGGCGAUUCAAUGCUCAACUUGCCGUACAAGAUGAUACUCUCUUCAUCUAUGGUGGCACGUUCGAGAAGGGCGAUCGGGAAUUCACCUUUGACGACAUGUACUCGAUUGAUCUGGGCAAGAUGGAUGGAGUCAAAGAGAUCUUCUACCGAGAGCCUGAGAACUGGAAUCUCUUGGAUGAAGAGGACAGCGACGAGGACAUGGAUGAUGAGGAUGAGGACGAUGAGAUGGAAUAUGAGGAUGUAGAUGCGAUGUCUGUUGAUGCUUCUUCAACUGCACCAACUGAAGUGACUGUGCCGUCGGUUACACAAGAGAUGGAACAGCUUGAGGUCGAAGAACAAGAGCCGACUGUCGACGAUAGCCGACCACUCCCUCGCCCGUUCGAGAGUCUGCGUGAAUUUUUCAGUCGAACCGCUGAGGAAUGGCAAAGGAUUGGAAUUGAGGCUCUGACAAUGAAAGGUCAGGUCGAAGGAAAGACCAUUAAGGAGCUUCGGAAGGCUGCGUUUGAUAUGGCAGAGGAGAAAUGGUGGGAUAGCCGAGAGGAGAUCAUGGCUCUGGAGGACGAGCAAGAAGCAGCUGGUAUUGGUGAGGUGGUCAGCAUCGCCGACAGAGCUGAAAAUGUGGGAGGUGCUGGUCGUCGGCGAUGA